AAUCUGGUAAUUGAAUCACAAAUUGUGAGAUAUGAAGUCUCUGAAACUAAAUUAUAGUGCAGAGGACAGGCUGAGCAAUUUACCUGAUUCUGUUGUUCUUCACGUAUUCUCUUUUCUGAAUGCCAAACAAGUUGUUCAGACGUGUGUUUUAUCCAAAAGAUGGGUCAAUCUCUGGAAGUAUCUUCCCACACUUAACCUAUUUUCUUCAGACUUCGACAAUUUCAACAAUUUCAUCAGAUUUGUCACUAAUAUUCUCCGUCAUUGCUAUCGCGAUCCCUCCACUUCACUGCACACACUCGAUUUUCGCCACAAUGGCGGCCUAAUUUCCCACCUCGACGUCGGCCUGAAUCCUGAUCUCUUCAAUUCGAUAUUAGAUUAUGCUGUCUCACACAAUGUCAAGCAAUUACGAAUGAAUGUCAAGUGUGAUAUUGAAGUCUUUCCGUCUUGUAUCGCUUCAUACCACGGUUUAACAUCUCUUAACUUUUAUGUCCCUCCUAGAAACCCUAGAAAUCGUCGUGGUAAAAUAUUAUUUCCAGACUCUCUCAAUAUGCCAUCAUUGACUUACUUGAAUAUAGGGUUUGUGGCCUUUCAUGGCGGAGUUGAUUAUUUUUCAACUUUCCCCAAAUUGAAUAGAUUGCUUAUUUGUCACUUUAAUGUUUUGGGUGCACAAAAUCUAUGCAUAUCAAGUACCACCCUUGAUGGAUUAGUUAUACAAAAGUAUUCUAAUCCCCGGGUCCAUUGCAAAAUUGAGCUAUCUACCCCAAGUCUCUCUACUUUUGUUUUUAUCGGCACUCUGUUUCAGAUAGUGCGUCGGAGCCAUCUCGGUUCUCUUAAACACAUGGAAAUUUACUUGGAUAAAAUAGUGAAUUAUGGAGAAGCUCCCUCGGCUCUACUCAACUUGUUUCAAGAACUUCCUGAUAUCAAAUCAUUGGCGUUGUAUUCUAGUAGUCUUCAUGUUCUCUCCUUAUUUCCUGAUGUAUGCAAGGUAAAACUCAAUUCCUUGCGCAAGUUGAAGACAUUGAUAAUAAAAGAGAAAGGAAUUUCAUCCACUUUAUCCGAGUUAUUGAUUAAUGCCAAAUUAGCCCAAAAGCCCGACAGAUCACAUGAAGAAGUUGCUAAGUUAACAGAAGAAUUGAAAGAACAAUCUUCAUCCAUACCCAGUGAAAUAAUUGGAUUUUUGCUUCAAAAUUCACCUUCUGCGAAGUUUCACAUCAUUAAUUAGAUGAUCCAAAAGUAGAAAAGAAUGUAAAGGUUGCUCAAAGUUUGUAAAGAUGGAAUUGGAUGUGAAGAAGUUGAUGUAGAAAGUACAUUAGAAGUUGUUAAGAUAUUAUGGAAUAGUUGAACCCUCUCCUAUGCUUUAUUUGCUUGUGAGGUACCAUAUAGACAUAUAGUGUUUGAGAUUGCCAGGAAACAUAUAAGUUUGUAAAAAACAGGUAGCCAUAAGAAGGAAUUUCUUGAAAGUAGCCAUAGAAUCUGUUUGGAUACAGGAUUGUAGGGGAUCGGCUCUCAGAACCUGUUUGGAUACAAUAUUGUAGGGGAUCGGCUCUCUGAAUCUGUUUGGAUACAAGAUUGUAAGAGAUAUCUAUGAAAUCUCCAUAUGAGAACUCAUCCUUGAAGAGAAAUCAGAAGCAUAAGUGCAUACAUCUAUCUAUAUGAAUUGUAUAUAUCUUAACUGAAGUAAGAGUAGAACAGUUAUUCUAACGAACUUGCAUUGAGAAUUGAGAUGUAUAUAGAAAAUCCCCGGCAAAAACAUAGUAACUAUAGUAUGAAUCUUUUAAUUUGUUGAU